CGUCCCGCGCGGGGCCGCAUUGCCGAGCGCGCCGUGUCUCCGCGGACGCGCUUCUCCGCGCCUGUCUCCGCCGCCAUGUCCGCUCAGGCGCAGAUGCGGGCCCUGCUGGACCAGCUCAUGGGCACGGCGCGGGACGGUUCAGUGUAUCUUUCCUGCCUACACCACUCUGCAAGGGAGUUGCAGAAAAGCCUCAUGUUCAUCGAGCCGAGAUGAAACCAGACAGAGGGUCAAGUUCACUGAUGACCGUGUCUGCAAGAGUCACCUUCUGGACUGCUGCCCGCAUGACGUCCUGGCUGGGACGCGGAUGGAUUUGGGAGAAUGCACUAGAAUCCACGACCUGGCGCUCCGAGCUGAUUAUGAGAUCGCAAGUAGAGAUCGGGAUCUGUUCUUUGAGUUGGAUGCGAUGGACCACCUGGAGUCCUUCAUCGCAGAAUGUGACCGGAGAACAGAGCUGGCCAAGAAACGGCUGGCGGAGACACAGGAGGAGAUCAGCGCUGAGGUCUCAGCGAAGGCAGAAAAAGUACACGAGCUGAACGAAGAAAUAGGAAAACUCCUUGCCAAGGCCGAGCAGCUGGGAGCUGAAGGAAAUGUGGAUGAAUCCCAGAAGAUUCUUACAGAAGUAGAGAAAGUUCGCACUAAGAAAAAAGAAGCGGAGGAGGAGUACCGGAAUUCCAUGCCUGCGUCCAGCUUCCAGCAGCAGAAGCUGCGUGUCUGUGAGGUCUGCUCAGCCUACCUUGGGCUCCAUGACAACGACCGCCGUCUGGCAGACCAUUUUGGGGGCAAGCUGCACUUGGGUUUCAUUCAGAUCCGAGAGAAGCUUGAUCAGUUGAGGAAAACUGUGGCUGAGAAGCAGGAGAAGAGGAACCAGGAUCGCUUGCGGAGGAGAGAAGAGAGAGAACGGGAGGAGCGGCUGAGCAGAAGGUCUGGAUCGAGAAGCAGAGACCGCAGGAGGUCACGUUCCCGGGACCGCCGUCGGAGGAGGUCAAGAUCUGCCUCCCGAGAACGAAGAAAGCCAUCGAGGUCCCAUUCGCGGGACAGGCACCGGCGCCACCGCAGCCGUUCCCAGAGCCACAGCCGGGGUCACCGCCGGUUUUCCAGGGAUGGAAGUGCAAAAUACAAGUUCUCCAGAGACCGACCUUCAAGAGAAGAGUCCUGGGAGUGUGGGCGCAGCGAGCGGGUGCCCCUGGACUGGAGGCUUGAGGGUGCCAAUGGGAAGGCAGCAGUGCGGAGGUCGGAGGAGAAGGAGGCCGGCGAGAUCUGAGCCGUGCUGGCCCUGGACCCUACGUGUCCUGCGCGGCCGCCCUCCAGCGUGCUGGCUACGACUUCUCUUUUGUAGUUGACUUUAUUGUGUUGAUGCUAGCUGUGAGUUUCCAGAGUUGUUCAGUCACUUCUGUGUCCUGGGGCUGGGCGGAAGGCGAAUAAAUGAUGGGCAACUCA